AUGGUCCGGCAAAUCGUCGACGAAAGGGGUCUUGCUGCUGGCAACAUCACGCAGGCGUUCUUUGAAAGCACCCUCUCCCAAGCCAUCGCAGCGUCCGAACGCAAAGAGUAUUACGAAUAG